CUUUUAUUUCUUUUCUUUACACCGUUUGAAUUGUGUUUGUGAAUAAAAGUUAAGUUUGAAUUAAUCUAAUUCAAUGAAAACAAUUAUUUUUUUUGGCUACUCCGGUUCCUAGGUCAUUCCUAGUUAAUCCUGGUUCAUGUCUCCUCAAGAUAACCUAGCAAAAGUCAACAUGAAUGAACCGGAUAAGAGUGAAAAUGACGGUAACCCACCAAAUUGUGGUGACAAGGCCAUCCGUGUUGAACAAGAUCUCUUUAAAGGUGUUCAGUUUUGCAUUUGUGAUGAUGUUGAUGCUGCAGAAGAGGUCAAAAAAGUUCUGGUUGAAGGAGGAGGUAAACUUGUAAAUUAUUUAUCUGAUAUAGCUACACACUUGAUUGCUAAUAAUCCGGACCAUCAAGAUGUUUGUCAAGCUUUAGAAAUCUACGAAAAACCUGUGGUUACUAGUCGUUGGGUAUGGUUGAGCGCCAAAGCAGGAUGCCUUCUUCCUACUGCUGCUUUCUCACCUCUCAAAAACAGACUCAUGUCUGGUGUGGUAGCCUGUCCAUCUAACCUUCAACGAGAAGAUUUAGAUGCUUUAUGGGCAAUGAUUACAUAUCACGGAGGACAUUUUCAAAUAAAUCUAGACAAAAUGUGUACUCAUCUCAUCUCUGGUAAAGCAGAAGGGGUAAAAUAUGAGAAAGCUCUUACAAUGAGUGAUAAAAUUAAAAUUGUAACCCCAGAUUGGGUCAUUGAUAGUAUUAAAGGUAAAGCUUUGUGUGAUGAGGAGCUUUAUCAUCCUAAAUUGCUCAUAUUACCGGGUGAUAAAGUAGAAACAAAGAACGAAACAUCUAUCACGCCAGUAUCAAUACAUGAUACAAUGAACAUGAUUACUUCAACGAUUAGUGAACAACAAAGUAACACUGUGACAAGUGCGCCAUCAACCCAAGUUACUUUAAGAACAGUAUCCUUGCCUCCUCCUACUAUGGUUGCUAGUGUUAAUGCCCCAGGACUUGGUCAACAAGCAAGGCCAUUAAGAGUUUUGGUGCCUUCCCAAAAUCAAGAAUUGAAUCCUGUAGUACCACAACAAAGUGGUCAGCCUCGUCAGGUAUACCUAGCAUUACAACAACCUCAAAUACGACAGCAGCAAGUGAACUUGGCGCAAGUUCGUCAACAUGCUCCUCGAGGGCCAGUGACUGAAGGAGUUCAACCAGUCAAACCAAUUAUUUUACAGCAAAGAAUUCAACCUCCAGCAUUGCAACAAGUACAGCCUCAACAACAACAGCCUCAACAACAACCUCCUCAUUCUCAACAAAACCACCAAUUGGUUCACCAGCCUCAACCUUCUCCACAACAGAUUCAUCAACAGCAAAGUCAGGUCCAACAACCACCUCAAAUCCAGCGUUUACAGCAACAGCAACAGCAACAGCAGCAACCACAACAGUACCAACAACUUGUCCAGCAACAUUAUCCUCCCUUAAAAGAUGGACAAUCAGGAGUCCCUAUCUCUUUUCCAAAUCAACAACAACCCCCGCUUCAGUCUCAUCCUCAGCAGCAGAUCCCGCAAUCACUUCAAUCCCAAUCUCAACUUCAACCCCAAUCCCAACAACUACAGCAUCCCCAUUCUCAAAUGCAGCUACAUAUGCAACAACAGCAACAACAGCAACAACAGCAGCAACAACAGCAACAACAACAGCAACAACAACAACAACAACAGCAACAGCAGCAUCAGCAGCAUCAGCAGCAGCAGCAGCAACAGCAACAACUAACCCAGCAGCAACCACAACCACAACCACAACAGCAGCAACAGCAACAGCAACAGCAACAACCACAACCCCAACCACAACAACAGUUUACACAGAUCCAGCAACAAUCUCAUUUAAAGCCACAGUAUAUUCAAAAUCAACAAUAUCUUAUACAGAACCAACAGCCCCAUCAAAAUCAAACACAACAGCCUACAAAUCAGAUUGCAUUUAAAAUGGGUGUUCCCCCCAACUAUCCCGGGUCGACAGGUCAACAAAUGAAUCAGGGGCAGAGACAAGUGAUUCCUGUACAGCAAAGACCCCCUCUUAUGCAACAAAUUCAGUCCGGUCAACAAAUAAUGCGUGCACCUAUUCAACAAACCCAAGUUUUCAGUGGCUCACCUCCAACUAAUCAAGAUAACAUAAUGCAGGAUAUGCAGCAACCAAACUCUGUACAAAUGGUUCAAAAUCAACAAUUUGUACAGAUUCAAAGGCAUAAUCCUCCGCAAAUGGUUAAUGUGAGUCAACACAAUGGCCCUCAUCUUAUCAGAACACCAUCACCUCAACAGGUCGUUUAUCAGCACCAAGGACCUUUAGUUGGUCCACACCAAAGACCUGUUAUGCAAGGAAUGCAACAAGUUAUGCAGCCAGGGACACCGAUAUAUAACCAACAAGGACAACAAGUCGCUGUAGGUCCAUCUCAGGUUCAGCGUGUUCCACAGCUCAGGAUGCAACCGAACUUUCAACAAAUGCCUAGAGGCCAAUUUCGUGGACCAGUUCAAGCUCAACAGGUCGUAACUGGUGGACCUCCUCGAAAUUUUAUUAGACAACAAAUACCAGUUCAAGGCCAAUUAAUUCCCAGACAGGGUCCACCGCCUGUUCAAUACUCACAGCAUUUUUCACAACAAGCAUCCCAUAUCGGAUCUCAGCAACCCCAACCAGCUCCACCGUCCCAGCAGUUACAUGAUCAACAACAUUUAAUUCCUAACCAGAUCUCCAAUCAAAUUCCUGCUCAGCAUCCACAAGCACCACAUCCUCAUACUGGAGUGCAAUUGGAGACCCAAACCGUACAAAAACCUAACCAGACUUUAAUACGUGGUCAAGCUAGCCAGAAUUGGAAUCAACAAUGGACACCAACUGCGGAAAGUCCAUGCGGAAUACCCAACCAGCGUCUUUUGAUUAGACCUCCGUCCAAUAACGUACUCAUCGCUCAACAAAACGGCCCUGGCACGCCACAGAUUCUGCAUUCUCCUCAGCAUGAUGGAGCAAGGAAGCAAUUACCUUUCGGGAACCAAACACCCGUUCGCAUUAUGCAUACCGUUGGUCAACGUUUCCCUAUCGCUCCUAAUCAGGCGAGUGAUCCAUUAAAACAACAUGCAAAUUUAGCCCCACCUAUUAAUAAUGUGUUGCCGAAUGGCGAGCUUAUUUCUCCUGUUCUUCCUUCGAUUGAACCUCAACCAGAGAGACUUUUUGGUCAUGAACCUCGAAUAUUAGUUCCUCCAUCGUUUUGUCUUAUUGGUUGCAUCUUUUAUUUUGUUGAAGCUGAAAAGAAUAUUUGUAAUGUUAGUGAAGAACGUUUGGAAAGCUGUAAGAAAAUUGUUCAAAAAUACGGAGGAGAAAUGGAAAACACCUAUUCUGAUAAGUGCACUCAUGUUAUAUGUGAAACGCAGCAAAACCCAAUAGUCCAACAGGCUAUAAAAGAAGGCAAAAGAUGUGUCACAAUAUUCUGGUUAAAUGAUAUUAUUAUUGAAGGAAGGAUGAGACCACCAUAUAAGAUAUGGCACUUACCUCGAACUUUUGAUGGCGAUUUUCUUCCGUGCAGGGAUCACAUUAUCACACUGACUAACUUUGAAGGAACUGAGAGAGUAUUUGUCAAAGAAUUGAUCAAAGUUACUGGAGCUCAAUAUACUAACUACCUUAAUCAUAAAAAUACAAUUAUAAUUUGUAAAAAGUUAGAGGGACCAAAAUUCAAAAAAGCCCUUCAAUGGGACAUGCCGGCAGUUAAUUUAAUAUGGUUACAGGAUAUUCUUUUUGGCCAUCAUAAUCAAGCUUUAAGUGCAUUGCAUAAAUCUCAAAGAUAUACCAAGUUCGAGUCAAAAGAUUGCUGUGAAAUAGAUUACAAUUUAGUCAAACCUUUAUUAACUUGUUGGAAAGUGCCAUUGAAAGUCCCAGAAGACUUACCAAGAAGAAUUAUGGCGUUGAAGGAAGAAGAUGUUAAAAAAACACCCCCUCCAGUCCCAUCAACAUCACCCACUCCUGUACAAACUAAUCAAUCGAACCUACCUCUUCCUCCUCCUCCUUCCCUACCUCCAACGCCACAGACUCCAUCUUUACCCUCAGCUCAGCAGCAAUCGUCGCCACAACAACCACCAUCUCUACCCUCGGUCCAACAACAAUCGCCACCAACAUUACCUUCUUCAAUACCUCCAUCUUCAUCUAGUGCCACAAUUGAAGCCAUGGAAAUUGACCAAACGCUCGAUGCCUCUAAGCCAGUUCCAACUUUAAUAGCUAAAAAACCAGAUAACCCUCUUAAUGCGUUAGCAAGCUUAGAUUUAAAUGAUAAAGAUUCUCUAAUGAAUGAGCCGACUAUGAAAAAAGUUAAGCUCGAACCAUCUAGUGAAGUUUCACCGAAUGAAAAUUUAACUGGAAACUUGCCACCUCCUCCUCCUUUAAUGGUUGCACCUUUCGCCAAUGCUAGUCCUGACCGAGCUGCUGUUAAAGUAAUGUUUACUGGUUUCAAUGAUGCUUCUACUCUAGCAGAACUCAAGGAAUAUGCUAAAAAACUUGGGUUAACGUUAAUUAAUGAAUAUAACAAAUGCACCCACCUUAUUGUAAAUAGAAUUGUGAGAACGUCUAAAUUCAUGUGUGCCUUUAACUAUGCGGACCAUAUAUUAACCUCUGAUUGGAUUGUUGAUAGUUUCAAACGUUCUCAUCUACUCGACGAAAGCCAAUAUAUUUUGUCUGAUCACAAAGGUGAACAGUUAUAUGGUUUUGAUCUCAAAGAAUCAUUAGAGAGACGUAAAGCUCGUAAAACACCUCUUUUUAAGGAUCAUGUUUUUUAUAUCACUCGAUCUUGCCUACCUUCAUUUAAAAUUUUGAAAGAAAUAGCUGAAAGUGCGGGAGCUACUGUCACAAAGAAGGGUCCUUCUCCAAAACAAUUGCAUGCCCUUAAAAAGCGUCGCAAUGAUAUUGCUUUUGUGGUAAUUAGCAAAGAAGAAGACCUCCAUACUUGUGAUCUGUUCUUUGAAAAAGAAACUCCGGUUCUCAACUCAGAAUUCAUUUUACACAGCCUUUUACGACAACAGAUUGAAUACGAACCAUACGCUUUCAAGCCUCGAUGAUUAUAUUUUUUCUUUCAUUAUCUAUUACAGUUUUCUUAUAAGUAUUUUGUUUUAACGAUGAUUUUUCAUGCCAUCUCAAAAUUUGACUUUAUUUAUCACUGAUCAUCAUCAUCAGAAAGUGCAAAAGAAAUAAAAUUUCUUUUACAUUAGAA